AGAGUAUUGACGCUUUACUGACAAAGAAAGAAAUCAUAUACCCUCGAUCAUCUUCGUCAUCUCGCGAUUGGGGAUUCUAAAAUCCUCCUAAGAAAAACUUGGAAAUCAAUGGAGUCCGAGUUCCAUCAAAUUCUUCCAUGAAUUUCGAUUUCCCUCAACCCUAUACAACAAUAAUGUCAGACAAUGAGGAAAACGCCCUCGGUGACUCACAUACGAGCUCCCGCUCGGUAACGGAGACUGUCAACGGUUCCCACCGGUUCGUAAUCCAGGGGUAUUCAUUAGCCAAGGGUAUGGGUAUUGGAAAACACAUCGCCAGUGAUAAUUUCACGGUGGGAGGGUUUCAGUGGGCUGUCUACUUCUACCCUGAUGGGAAGAACCCGGAAGACAAUUCGACUUAUGUUUCGGUUUUCAUUGCCCUUGCCAGUGAGGGCACCGACGUAAGGGCGUUAUUUGAGUUGACCCUGGUAGAUCAGAGCGGGAAAGGAAAACAUAAGGUUCAUAGCCAUUUUGAUCGGUCUCUGGAGAGUGGUCCAUAUACAUUGAAAUACCGAGGCAGCAUGUGGGGAUACAAGCGUUUUUACAGACGAGCAUUGCUAGAAACUUCAGACUAUCUCAAGGACGACUGCUUGAAGAUUAAUUGUACUGUAGGAGUGGUUGUUUCUGCAAUAGACUGCUCUAGGUUACAUUCAAUCCAUGUCCCAGAGUCUGAUAUUGGAUCACAUUUUGGUACUUUGCUGGAUAAUACAGAAGGUACAGAUGUUACCUUUAAUGUGGCUGGAGAAAAGUUUUAUGCUCAUAAGUUGAUAUUGGCUGCUCGAUCCCCUGUAUUUCGGUCUGAAUUUUUUGGACAAGAGGGGGAUGACCAUGAGAUUGUUGUUACUGAUACCGAACCAAAGGUUUUUAAGGCUAUGCUUCACUUCAUUUACAGAGAUUCACUUGUGGAAGAUGAGUUGGUGGCUUCUAAUUCUCCUUGUGAAUCCUCUGUAUCUGAUACACUAAUAGCCAAGUUAUUAGCUGCUGCUGAUAAGUAUGAUUUGAGUAGACUCCGACGCAUGUGCGAGUCUCAUCUCUGUAAGGAUAUCUCUGUAAACUCUGUUGGCAGAUCUCUUGCACUUGCAGACUGUCAUCAUGCCAUACAAUUGAAGGCUGUUUGCCUCAGAUUUGCUGCUGAAAACCUUGCAGCUGUAAUGCGAUCAGAUGGGUUUGAGUAUCUGAAAGAGAACUGCCCAUGGUUGCAAUCUGAGAUUCUGAAGAUGGUAGCUGGUUGUGAAGACGGGUGUAGCAGUGGUGGUGGUGGAAAGUCACGGAGCGUUUGUGCUCAACUUUCCGAUGGCGGAGAUACAAAUGGCAGGAGGGUAAGGCAAAGGACUUGAUUGUGGUAAAAAUAUGAUUUCUGUCGCUUGCUAGUGAGAUAGUAGUGGGAAAGCAUGAAAUGAAACAAAGGUAUAAAAAGGAAAUAUGUUGAAAAGGGACAUGAUAUCAUACUUUUCUUUUUCUCUGUUUUUUUUUUGGGUUUUCCAUGUACAAUAUUUGUGUAAAACAUGUUAAUAAUUUUUUGGAUUUGUACCGGAA